CCCGUGAGUUCAUUCAUUCUGAUCAAUUUUUUUUGUCUCUUUUGGACAGGUGCAUGGCAUCUACUUAAUUGCUUCCAUAAUAAUUCCAUGACAGCCAAAAAGCGUGUCUCUUCCACAAGAACCCAUGACCUCUAUCCCUUAAAUCCACACUGUCAUUCCCAUCGCUGCAGAAUUAGCUCGCGUCACAACAGCGCUCAUCAUUUGUUGGUCAGAUAGAGUAUUGGUGUAUUACAGAGUAGGUUGCUGUUUGACAGGCACAAAUGGACCGCAGGAGGAGUGUCUCCAUGGACGUCUCCAUGAGCAUUCCACCACCACUGCCAGCCUCCAUGGAGAACCUGAUGACCGAUGACAAGGUAGCAAUCGUCAUCCCCCAGAGGUCUCCGCCCAACAAGAUCCUGCCACUAGGUUUCCAGCACAACGAGCUGCCAUCCCAUCCGCCGGCCGGCGGCUUCGCCGACGCCGAGAGGGUGGCGCCGCUCCCCCUCAUCAAGAAGGUGGCGGCGGAGCUGCUGGGCACGUUCCUGCUGGUCUUCACCGUGCUGUCGGCGCUGGUCACGGACCGGGCGCACGGCGGCGCGCUCGGCCCGCUCGGCGUGGCGGCGGCCGCGGGGCUGGCCAUGGUGGUCCUCGUCUUGUCCCUCGCCCACGUCUCCGGCGGCCACAUGAACCCGGCCGUCAGCGUCGCCAUGGCCGCGCUCGGGCACCUCCCCCGGCCCCACCUCGCACCCUACGUCGCCGCCCAGCUCCUCGGCUCCACCGCCGCCUCGUUCGCCGCCAAGGCGCUCUACGGCGUCGGCGGCGGCCCCGUGGACGACCUGCGCGCCGCCGUCGCCACCGUGCCCGCGGUCGGCGCCGCGGAGGCGUUCCUCGUCGAGUUCGCCGCCACGUUCGUCUUCCUCUUCGUCGUCACCGCCCUCGCCACCGACCCCAAAGCAGUUAAAGAGCUGGUGGCAGUGGGAGCUGCGGCGGCGGUGAUGAUGAACGCUCUCGUCUUCGCGAAGUUGACGGGGGCGUCGAUGAAUCCGGCGAGGACGCUGGGGCCGGCGAUCGCGACGGGGACGUACACCAAGAUCUGGGUCUACAUGGUGGCGCCGCCGCUGGGCGCCAUUGCUGGAUCAGGGACUUACCAUGCGCUCAAGAACUGAUGAUGGAUCAUCCAUGGAUCAAAUUACAUGUAGUGUACACGGUGGGGGAGUUUUAGCUGAUGUCCAUCUUGUAACAGUUGUGUUGUCUGACGAU